GAAGAAAAUAAACUGCUCUUUUAGCUGGAGAGCGUCGAUCCAUUUUUAGUGAUAAAGCUAUCUCCUAAUUAAAGUGAAAUUGUGAAAAAGAGGCAGAAUGAAUGGUUUAAGGAGCGUUCAAAUCCGUCUUAAUCCUUGCUUAAACAUCAGCAGUACCCUACAAAAGAUAACCAGUUUUUAAGCAAUGAAGAACAGUUCUCUGCAUUUCAAAGAUAACUUAGAGUACACACAAAAGAAAGCUAAAACCCCACCAGCCCUUCUAAUAUAGGAGAGAUCCAACCUGCCGUUUGGUUGGUAGUUACGAAUUACUUAAAACUUAGAAUCCAAAAUUUCAUUCAUUCAGCCACUCAUGAAACAUGGCUUCUAAAACUUGUACCAGCUUCCGUAUACUCGUCUUGUUCUUGCUCUUAAUCUGUUUGCCUCUCUCAAACUCCAUUGAUUUCAAUUACCCUGCAGUUUUCAACUUUGGAGAUUCGAAUUCCGAUACUGGUAAUCUUGUUGCUGGCAUGGCCGAACAGCUCGAUCCACCAAAUGGGCAGAUUUACUUCCAGAAACCAUCCGGGAGAUUCUGCGAUGGCCGUCUGAUCAUCGAUUUUUUGAUGGAUGCAAUGGACUUGCCAUUUUUGAAUGCAUAUUUGGAAGCUAUUGGCACACCAAGUUUUAGAAAAGGAUGCAACUUUGCAGCUGCAGGUUCUAAGAUACUUCCAGCUACUGCAUCUUCAGUGAGCCCAUUUUCAUUUGGGAUUCAAGUGGCUCAAUUUUUCAGAUUCAAGGCUCGAGUUCAAGAACUGCAGUCUACAACAAGAAAAUAUGAUAAGUAUAUACCAGCUCAAGAUUAUUUUCAGAAGGGGCUUUACAUGUUUGAUAUAGGCCAGAAUGAUCUAGCAGGAGCCUUCUAUUCUAAGACCUUUGAUCAAAUUCUAGCUUUAAUUCCAUCAAUUCUAUCAGAAUUUGAAGAUGGCAUCAAGAAAUUAUACGACCAACAGGCAAGAAAUUUUUGGAUUCAUAACACAGGUCCCCUGGGUUGCUUACCGCAGAAUGUAGCCAAAUUUGGAACUGAUCCAUCACAGCUUGAUGAACUUGGAUGUGUCAGCACCCACAAUCAAGCUUCAAGACUUCUCAAUCUGCAACUUCGUGCACUCACUACAAAGUUGCAAGGCCAAUAUACAGAUGCAAAUUUCACAUAUGUGGAUAUUUUCACAAUCAAGUCUAAUCUCAUAGCAAACUAUUCUCGAUACGGAUUUGAAGAGCCAAUAAUGGCAUGCUGUGGAUAUGGAGGUCCACCCUUGAACUAUGACAGUAGAAUUGCCUGUGGACAAACUAAGGUAUUGAAUGGAAGUUCAGUGACAGCCAAAGCUUGUAAUGACAGCACAGAAUAUGUGAAUUGGGAUGGGAUUCACUACACUGAGGCUGCAAACCAGUAUGUUGCAUCACAGAUUCUCACUGGAAAAUACUCUGAUCCACCAUUUUCAGACAAAAUGCCUUUCCUCUUAAAACUAAAAUUCUAAAAAAAAAAAUUUACAUUUAUUUUAUGUUUUUAUAUUUUGUGGAUUUAUAUAUGGAUAACCAAACUCUAUUAAUGAAUUGUGUUAUUAUUACAAUGUUCUCUGAAAAAA